GGAGGGAAGGAUCUUACUCCGGCGCCUCUUCCCGCCUCCUACAGCCGGGCGGCGGCGGUGGGCACAGCUAGGGGAGGAGCCACAGCCUGCACCUCGGCCAACUGGAGGCGGGGAGGCGGAGCUUGAGUCUCCGGAGAAGCCCGAGGUGCUGCCUGGACUGUAGUUUACCGAGAGAGGCAGGAGCGGGGACCAGAGCGGGCGCGGCGGGCCAGCAUCCUUUCCAGCAUCCUCUCCGGCAUCCUGCCCGGGUUAGCAGGUGUGCGGGAGACUUGAAGCCAUUCCAGUAUGGCUUACCUUGGACUGUUCUCUUUGCUGGCCUUGCAAAGUGUGGCCAUAGGGGCCACUUUCCCCGAUGAAACCAUAACUGAGUGGUCAGUAAAUAUGUAUAAUCAUCUUCGAGCCACUGGGGAAGAUGAAAACAUUCUCUUCUCUCCACUGAGCAUCGCCCUCGCAAUGGGAAUGUUGGAACUUGGGGCUCAAGGGUCUACUCUGAAAGAAAUCCGCCAUUCCAUGGGCUAUGAUGGCCUGAAAAAUGGUGAAGAACUGUCUUUCCUGCAAGAGUUUUCUAACAUGGCCACUGCUGAAGAAAGCCAAUAUGUAAUGAAAAUUGCCAAUUCCCUCUUUGUGCAAAAUGGAUUUCAUGUCAAUGAUGAAUUCCUGAAAAUGAUGAAAAAGUACUUUAAUGCAGAAAUCAAUCAUGUGGACUUCAGUCAAAGUGUAGCUGUGGCCAACUACAUCAAUAAGUGGGUGGAGAAUCACACAAAUAAUCUAUUGAAAGAUUUGGUAUCCCCAAGGGAUUUUGAUGUUACCACUCAUCUGGCCCUCAUCAAUGCUGUGUAUUUCAAGGGGAACUGGAAAUCACAGUUUAGGCCUGAAAAUACCAGAACCUUUUCCUUCACUAAAGAUGAUGAAAGUGAAGUGCAGAUUCCAAUGAUGUAUCAACAGGGAGAAUUUUAUUAUGGGGAAUUUAGUGAUGGUUCCAAUGAGGCUGGUGGAAUUUACCAAGUCCUGGAAAUACCCUAUGAAGGAGAUGAGAUCAGCAUGGUGCUGGUCCUGUCCAGGCAGGAAGUUCCACUGACCACGCUGGAGCCUCUGGUCAAAGCGCAGCUGAUAGAGGAAUGGGGAAACUCUGUGAAGAAGCAGAAGGUAGAGGUGUACCUGCCCAGGUUCACGGUAGAACAGGAAAUUGAUUUAAAAGACAUUCUGAAAGCCCUUGGAGUAACUGAAAUUUUCAUCAAAGAUGCAAAUUUGACCACCAUGUCAGAUAACAAAGAGUUGUUCCUCUCCAAAGCCAUUCACAAGUCCUUCAUCGAGGUUAAUGAAGAGGGCUCAGAAGCUGCUGUGGCCUCAGGAAUGGUUGCGAUUAGUAGGAUGGCGGUGCUGUACCCUCAGGUGAUUGUCGACCACCCAUUUUUCUUUCUUAUCAAGAAAAGAAGAACUGGUACAAUCUUAUUCAUGGGACGAGUCAUGCACCCCGAAACAAUGAAUGCAAGUGGACAUGAUUUUGAAGAACUUUAAAUGGCUUGAUGGGAGUAACAAGAACACUAGGAAAGCACAUUCCGUCUGUAAUUAGCAUAUAUUUAGAAUUUGUGUUUUACAGUCUUUCUUGGGGUAGUAUUUAAAAUAGUUCCAGGUAGAAAUAUGACAUUGGAAUUAUAAAUCAGCCUGCCCAGAAAUGUUGUCAGUAUUAAGAUAAUUGUCCUGUUAUGUCACUGUGUUUAUUGUGCUGCUGGUUAAAAUAAAAGUAUACACUGA